CUAGCGACCGACACAUCAUUAUUUGGGUCGGGUGUUUAAACCGUAGGCCAUAAUUAUAUAGCGGUCUGGUUACAGUUGCUCUAAAUGAAAAUGGCUGGAAAUUGGAAGGAUAGUGAAACGAAGGAACUGCUUUCUAUCCGAUCAGAUGAAGAAAUUAUCCGCCAACUGAACGGCACCGUUCGGGAUGCAGUGGUGUACGAGAAAAUCACCCAGAAACUCAAAGAGCGUGGGGUUUUCAGGGAAAAGACGCAGGUGAUUAAUAAACUGAAAACUCUACGGAAGAAGUUUCACCAAAUUAAACAACGCAACGGCCAAGUGGGAAAGUCCGACUGGCCGUAUUUCGAUAUGUGCCAUUAUAUAUGGGGAGGUGGACGUUCUGCAAACCCCAUGGCGUUGCUCAGUCCUUUAGAGCCUUAUCCCUCUGAGAAUGAUGCUGAAACCGCUCUGAGUGAUACAGAAAUCCUCAAGACUGAGGUGUGCACUGAAUUUGUGCCUUUAAGUCCAGCAGAAUCUCCUCUUUCUCCUCAGUCACCACCAAAUAAAAGUGCUAAGAAAGUAUCACGUGGGGAACAAAUGGUGAAGGACAUGAAAGAGUUUUUCUCAGAAAUGGACAGAGACUUUGAAGAAAGGGAGCGCCUUCGUAUUCUGGAGCAGAGACAGUAUGAAGAGAGCUUAAGGAAGGAGGCAAAAGAGGAGGAGAAAGAAGAGCGUGCCAGGCAAAUGGCCAUGUUUAAAGAGUUACUAGAAUCUCAAAAUGAUCUGCUAAGAGAACUUUUGCAGCGAAUCCCAUCAUCAACUUCCCAGUGGCUUACCCCAUCUAAAAGUAACGGUGAACCUGAAUCCACUGCAAGUGUUGCAAAUAACCUAGAGACCAAGGAGUGCACAAACUUUGUACCCUUUAGUCAUGUAGAAUUACCUCAAUCACCACCAAACAAAAGGGCAAAGAAAGUAUCAAAGGAGGAACAAAUAGCCAACGACAUGAAAGAGUGUUUUGCAGAAAUUGCCAAAACCUUGGAAGAGAGAGAACGUCUUCGUCUCCUGGAACAGAGGCAACAUGAAGAGGACUUAAGAAAGGAGGCAAAGGAGGAAGCACGAGAAGAACAGGCCAGGCAAAUGGCAAUAUUUAAAGAGAUGCAGGAGUCUCAGAAUGGCCUAUUAAAGGAACUGCUGAGGCGUAUGCCUUCACCAGCAUUACCGCAGUUAAAUUCUUCUAAGUACUGGAACUCUGGCAAUCAAUCUAGGUUCAAUGCAGACACUGCUGAUAAUAGUGAUGUACAAAACACCUCAGAAAAUGACAUGAUUUUUAACCCACCUUCAUCUACGUCCUUCACAGAGUAAUAACCAUUAUGUUUUUUAAUUAUUUUUGUACAUUGUAUUUAUUUAGUAGCCGUCUUGAGUGUAAUUCAGUCUAAUUCAGUUGCUCCUGCUGUUAGUCUGAAUCUAAUUUAUAUUUUGGUACAAUUUGUUACCGCACUUAAUGUAAGUAGUUUUUACAUGUUUUCUACAGUGCUUUCUGUAAUUCAACUUGUAUUCACUUGCACAUUUGCUUGAUGAUUUCAUCCAAGAAGACAGUAAA